CAAUGUAUUUCAGUCACCACCAGUCACCAGUAGUCAACAGAUGGGCCGACUUAUCUUGAUAUUUGCGUACACCAAAUCAUUUGUAUAAUAUGCAGGGAAAAUUUCUGUCAAAAGUAAAUCCCCUCAAUUUGAAUAAUAAAUAAUAGGACAACCUGAUAGCGAACAGGCUUGAUGGACUAAACUAUGUUAACAACAGUCAACAAUUAAGCAAUAUAAGUCAGCUGAGCUGUUCAAUUCAUUUGGAAAUCUAUACUCUCCUUUUAUUCGCCGUUUGAAUAGGACAAAUUAAAUAUCGACCAUGUCAUCGACAUCACCUGUAUCACCACCCCCAAAAAGGAAGCGAUUUCCCCUCGGCGAAGAAUUAUACGCUCAACUGGAGUGUGGAGCUGAUAUGGAUUUGACCUUUUUUGUCGGCAAAAGCAAGUUUCCUGCCCAUAGGCACGUUGUUGCUGCGGCCUCUGCAGAAUUUAAAACCAGGUUGGAUCAGCAAAUGGGUGGGACCAGCUCGUCUGGGUUCGCGAUUGUACUGUCACCUACGGAUAUUAGCAUGUCGGCCAUGAGGGCCUUUAUCAAGGCCAUAUAUUUCCAAGAGGUAGAUGCAUCCCGAUUGAGCCUGGACACCUUGUUAGAAGUUGUGACCCUUUGCGACAAGUAUCUUGACCAGCGCUUAUUGAAUGAUUGCAUUGAUUCAAUUUCCAAAAUAAUCACAGAGGAGAAUUGUCGUGAAAUUUAUGAAUUCAUUCUACCAAUGCUCAAAUGCCAAAGGCUGGCAGAUAGGGCUUUCGAAGUUUUAAUUAGAAACCCGAAGCUUAUUGAAAAAAUGUUGGAGGGAUCGGGCGAAAGAAUAAGUUUUAGCACGUGGCAUGAAAUUUUGAUGCUGCAAGGCCCAAAAAUUGAAAAUCUAUCGGAGGAAAUUAUAUUUACGCAUUUAUUGCGGUGGAAAGAUAAAGAUUCAUCGAGAAGGCCAGGGUUCAAGAAUCUGCUAUCACUAGUCCGAUUUCCUAUCAUGAGUUUGCAAUUUAUUACCGAAGUCGUAGAACCUUCGAAAGCUCUGACUCGGUAUGAAUUGAAGAACAUCAAAUUAUACAUUGCAGGAGGAGCCGAUAACAUAAAGUGCAAUCUUGCCUUCAUCACCCAUUCGAGAAUGACAAAAAUUGCAAGGAAUGAGGCUCAGUUUUCUUUAAUGCUACAAAACGCACAACCGGGGGAUUUCAUCCAACUUCUUCCAAAUGAAUACAUGGGACCCUUCGAAACCAUUCAUUGUAAACAAAAAAUCACAAUUAAAGGAUUUGGAGAGUCGACCGUGCUCACGUCUCCUAUUGAACUGGGCAACGACAAUAUUUUGUGCAUCUGGGGGUCAAACGACAUGCAUGUUUCAGACCUCUGCUUCGUUUCUAAAUCUCCAUCAUACGGCGAGACUGGAAAGAGUUGGAUCGGACUUGAAUGCUGCGGAAGCAGGAACAGGAUAACAAACAUUGCCUUUCAAAACUGUACACUUCGAGUGUCUGGUAAUUAUAACAAGAUGGAAAACAUUACUUGUGACACUGGGUACACCGGAAUUGUUGUAAGUGAAGCAGAAAUUAGUGGAGAAGGGAAGGGAAGCCUCGAUAACUUCUUAUCAAAUGUAACCUUAAAAAAUCUCAACUUUGGCAUUAGCAUUCUGCAAGGCAGUUGUGGAACGAUAAUAAGAAAUGCGAAAUUUAUUAACGUCCAGUAUGGCAUGACGCUUGAAGAGAGCAACGAUAAUUCAAUUAUGUCCGUCGACUAUCAAUUCUCCGAGACAAGGAUUAACGAAGAAGAAACUGCCAUACAGAUUUUAGGAAGCAGUGGGAACAUUGUCUCCUACAUUACAUGUGUGGGACAUAACGCGGUCAUGACGAAUGUCAAAGGGAAAUCAACAAUUCCAGACAAAUUCGCCAUUGUCAUCCAAGCUGAAAAUUCCCCUGAGCCGAAAAAUAACAUCGUAACUCACUGUACAGGAGGACCCGUGAAAUUGGGUGGUGAGGGCAAUACUCUUACUUCCAUCAAUGCUGGCGAAAUUAUAAUUUUGUCUGGUCAGUAUCACAAGUUGGAGGCAUGCUUAGCUAAACGAUGUGUAAACAACAACUCCGUAAAUGUAACAUUGACCAAGUGUAAUUUUAAGAUUUGAUACUAUUUUAGUUUUAAUUGUAGAAUGCCGUGGUCGCAGUAUUAGUAAUGUUGAGAAUCUCCCAGUCAGUCAGUAGUAAUUGUUCUCCUCGUGUGGGGAAUGACAUAUCAAAAACGAUAGAAGAAGAUUAUUUUAGCUUUAUUUUGCAAUUUUAUACCAACUUCAUGCCAGUACAUUGACGUUGUUGGUACUCAUGAAUCAAUCAACUAGUGAGAUUAUUUUUAUAAUGCUUUUUUGGACUUGGUAUGUAUUGAGUUUGUAGUCGUUUAAAUCCUAUGUGUAAUAAUAAAGCAUUACACAUCUUGUUAUGAAAUUAAA